CUCCGCCCUCCUCUAGCUGCAAAGAGGAGCGCAAGGUUUUUGGGAACUUGGGAAGAGCUUGCUAAAACCCUAGCUAUGGCCAUGGCGAUGAGGGCGGCGGCGGCGGCGGCGGCAUCGGCUUCGGCUGCACCGCGGGGGCUGAGAGGGCUAUUCUCGACUUUAAGUUCGACUUCGCUGUUCAAUCUGCCGUCACCAACCAAUCAAACAGAGAGGCCUCCUCCGCCUGAACCCUCCACCAAUCUCUUUGUCUCUGGGCUUAGCAAACGCACUACUACAGAAGGACUUAGAGAAGCAUUUUCAAAGUUUGGUCAAGUGAUCCAUGCAAGAGUGGUGACUGAUCGGAUGUCUGGAUACUCCAAGGGGUUCGGUUUUGUAAGAUAUGUCACUGUUGAAGAGGCUGCUGAAGGCAUAAAGGGCAUGGAUGGCAAGUUCUUGGAUGGAUGGGUUAUAUUCGCAGAAUAUGCAAGACCAAGGCCUGAAGCUCCUCCUCCACCUCACAACUUUAAUGGACCAUAUGGUCAACAACAAUAGAUGAUGAUUAUUUAUUAUUAUUAGAAGAAUCAUCCUCACUAGUCACCAGUCAUUUUCAUUUCAAGAAUACUACCGUAUUCGCUUGAUUGCUGCUCUUCCAUUAUUGUGCAGUAGUUGAACUGCCACUCCCAGUACUAUGUCAUGACUUACUACAAAAGCAAUGCUCAUUUGUUGUUUAAUA